GUGGCCAGAAGUGGGCGGGGCCCAGUAUACAGGUCUUCUCCCAUUCAUGCAGAGCCUCGAACAUUAGCAACCAUCGCAGCGCAGUCAGAGCAGACGCGCCUCUUCUUCCUCCACCUAGAGACCCUCGGUUUCCCCACUCUGAAAUAAAGGACACAGUGCCUUUAAACCAGCAGCCACCAUGGCAGAAGCUCACCAGGCGGUGGCCUUUCAGUUCACCGUCACCCCCGAUGGCAUCGACCUACAACUGUGCCACGAGGCUCUACGCCAGGUCUACCUUUCUGGGCUUCACUCCUGGAAGAAAAGGUUCAUUCGGUUUAAGAAUGGGGUAAUGACUGGCGUGUACCCAGGCAGCCCGGCUGGCUUCAUGAUCGUGGUCGUUUCAUACAUGUCCUACAACAAAUACAAACAGCUGGAUCCUUCCAUGGGACUGAUUGCCAAAUUAGGCCAACACAUACCCAUCAGCCAAUACAUGUCCACAGAUAGCCAGAGGAUAGUCGGAGGGGUUCUGGUGGGCACGGGCCUCUGGGUCACCAUCAUUAUGAUCAUGAGGAAUGUUCUGAAGUGCCUGCUGUCAUGGCACGGCUGGAUGGAGUCACGCCACGGGUCUCUGCCCUUCGGUACUCGCCUGUGGCUGCUUUUGGUGAAGGUGUUCUCUGGCAGAAAGCCGAUGCUCUACAGUUUCCAGAACUCCCUGCCGCGGCUACCUGUUCCCUCAGUCAAGGACACCUGCAGAAGGUACCUGGAGUCGGUGCGUCCACUGAUGGAUGACGAGCAGUUUGAAAGGAUGAAGGCCUUGUCUAAAGACUUUGAGAAGAAUCUAGGACCCAGGGUGCAGUGGUACCUCAAACUCAAAUCCUGGUGGGCUUCAAACUAUGUUAGUGACUGGUGGGAAGAGUAUAUUUACCUGAGAGGCCGUGGCCCCAUCAUGGUCAACAGCAACUAUUAUGCCAUGGACUUUCUGUAUGUGUGCCCCACCAACAGCCAGGCGGCCCGGGCAGGUAAUGCUAUUCAUGCCAUCAUGCUCUACAGGAGAAAACUGGACAGAGCUCAGAUCAAACCAAUAUACUUGCUGGCCAACAAGGUACCUCUGUGUUCUGCUCAGUGGGAGCGCAUGUUUAACACCUCCCGCAUCCCUGGUGUGGAGACAGACACGCUCCAGCACAUGAACGAGAGCAAACACAUUGCUGUGUACCAUAAAGGCCGUUUCUUCAAGGUGUGGGUGUUUUACGACGGACGGCUGCUGCUGCCACGAGAGAUCGAGCAGCAGAUGGAGAGGAUCUUGGCGGACAAGUCUGAGCCCUUGCCAGGAGAGGAAAAACUAGCUGCGCUGACUGCAGGAGACAGGACCCCUUGGGCAAAGGCUCGACAACAGUUCUUCAAAAAUGGCAAAAACAAGCAAUCUCUGGAUGCCAUAGAGAAGGCAGCCUUCUUUGUUAGCCUUGAUGAUACAGAGCAGCGCUACGACGCAGACAACCAGGUCAAGUCUCUGGACAGUUAUGCCAAGUGCCUGCUGCAUGGAAACUGCUACGACAGAUGGUUUGAUAAGUCCUUUAAUCUGAUCAUUUUCAAGAAUGGGACCAUGGGACUAAAUGCAGAGCACUCUUGGGCUGAUGCUCCAAUCGUUGGCCAUCUGUGGGAGCAAGUACUGUACAUGGAUUGUAAACUGGGAUAUACUGAGGAUGGCCACUGCCAUGGGAAGCCUCAUCCCAAUUUGCCUGGUCCCCAGAAGCUACAGUGGGACAUCCCAACUGAGUGUCAGGAGGUUAUUGAGAGCUCACUGACAGUAGCCAGGGCUCUGGCAGACGAUGUGGACUGCCACAUAAUCCCCUUCGAUGACUUUGGAAAGGGGUUGAUCAAGAAGUGCCGCACCAGUCCAGAUGCCUUUAUCCAGAUCGCCCUGCAGCUGGCCCAUUACAGAAACAAAGGGAAGUUCUGCCUGACUUAUGAGGCGUCCAUGACGCGGCUCUUCCGUGAGGGUCGAACAGAAACUGUACGUUCCUGCACCGUGGAGACUUGUGACUUUGUUCGUGCCAUGAUCAGAGACGAAACGAGAGAAGAGCGCCUUAGAUUGCUCAAAGUGGCGGCAGAGAAACACCAAAGCUUGUACCGCUUGGCGAUGACGGGUCAGGGCAUCGAUCGCCACCUUUUCUGUCUCUAUGUGGUCUCUAAGUACCUGGGAGAGGAAUCAGCCUUCCUCAAGGAGGUGUUGUCUGAGCCAUGGAGGUUGUCCACCAGUCAGACCCCGCUGCAGCAGAUUGAGUUGUUUGAUCUGGUCAGACAUCCAGAGUUGGCAUCCUCCGGAGGUGGAUUCGGUCCAGUGGCUGACGAUGGGUAUGGUGUCUCCUACAUCAUUCUUGGGGACGACCUCAUCAACUUCCAUAUCUCCAGCAAAUACUCAAGCCCAGAAACUGACUCCCGUCGUUUUGGGGAAAACAUUAGACAGGCCAUGUUGGAAAUGCUGGCUCUCUUCCAGCUUGAGAAGAAAGAGUCAAAGUGAUGACUCUCACCUGUUUUAUUUUUCUGUUUUUUAUUUUUCCUUUUCUUUCUGGUGGAAUAAAAAAAAAAGAGGAAAAAAAAGGAUCAAAUCUUCCUUUAAAUUGUGCAGAAUCUUUCGAAGAAUCUGGGGUUAUUUCUAAGUUAAUUAAUGUUACAUGACUAAGGAAGGCAUUUAGACGUGUCACUGUUGAUAUGUUUGGAAAGAGAUUUGUGUAUACAGUCUGAGUGAGGUGAGCCUCCAGCACAGUUGGUGCGUAGAUCAAAGUAUUUAUUUGCAAAAAUGUAACUUUAGCGGUGCCUUAGCGACACACUAAUGUGAAGAAAAAAAAAGUAAGUAAUGCAGAAAAGUGAAGAGAACAUCUGGGAACAAAUGUGUGCUGUAAAACACUGAAUGUUGUUUUAGCUGAAGACUUCAAUAGCAUCAAUACAUUUUAGAGGAGUUUUUGUUUUUAGUCCUAUGAUGGUGCAAUACUUUUAAAAGCUUCCAUCCUGAGCGUAUGGUUCAUUGUUUCUUUUGUGCUUCCUUCUGUUGCAGCUCUAGUCUCACUAUAACUGACCCAAAUGGCAAACAUGAGGUGAAAUAUCAGCUUGUUUUUAGGUUACAUUGCGUCCACCUAUUUCAAAGGAUUCAGCUGAAAUGGAGGCAGAUUCCCUCAAAUAAUUGUGAUAAAACUGUAUCUAUAAACACAAAAAUCCUAGAUAUGAAGCUUUGAUCUGUUAUGAGCCUCAGUGUUGGUGUGAUUCUAAACGCAGUGUAAUACAGAAAGCUGGUACCACUGUCUAAUCUCAAUAGCCUCUCUGAUGCAUCUGUACAGUCUGUUUGUUCAGUUUUAGCUGCUAUGAUUUUUAUAAGGUUGCCUCUUAGGCAGCUGUUAUGUGUCUAAUUUUAGUACUCAGGUUUUGUUAACUUGGCCUGUUUAAAGGUGCUUUCAGAAGCAUCCACUCUGGUUGGUACAGUGAAUAAUUGAAUGCAGUAGAAGAAUAACCAUGUGAGGUUUGUAGGUGAUUUAAUUUAAAGUUUUUUAGUGCAAAGUUGAAUGACACGAGCCGGACAUCUGGCGUAAUUCACAGGAACUUUAUUAAAGAGAAAAUAUUCUUUGAGAUAACCUGGAAACUUUUAUAAGGGAUGUGUUGGUGUGCUGGUUACAGCAUGGUGGUGGUGUAGCUCUUAUCGCCAAGGCGAGACGUCUAUCAGAAUCAUAACAACUUGAUCGUCUCCAGAACUAGGAAACUGAAGUUUCUUUUGAAGAAACUUUCAUCAUUCUUUUAUUUAUACCUUUUCAAUCGAUUAUGUUUUUUUCUUUUCUUUUUUUUUACUUUUUUGAUUUACAAACAUGCAUAUCUACUGGUUGAAUGUGGUGAAUGAUAAGCACUAAGUUAAAGCUUGUUUUGAUUUAUGAAGUGAAACAUGGCAUUUUUGUUAUCACACUUUGCCAGUAUGUUGUAGUUUGACUUUUUAUGUCAGUAGACCUCAUGUUUACACUGCUGCAUGUUAUUUGAAAAUGAAGCUGUACAUGUUUGCCUUUAAUUUAAGGUUGUGUAAAAAAA